CCGCGUUUUUCGGCGUGGUUACAAAGUUGGGCACCAAUGCAGACGAGUUUAGCCGACGAGUGUAGACUUGUAUGUAUGGAUGUGCAGUACUGUCGAAGAUGAAAACAAAUUAUGCUAAUCUUAUUCAAUGAUCCAAGUUAUGGAACAAGAAAAUGGCGUCGUCAAAUUUGACAUAGGCUCAUUCGUCCUCUGCCACAGAAAACUGUGUCUCCUGAUGCAACCAUUUAGAAAGGGAUACGAAACCUUUGCCUACGUGACCAGGUGGCACUCCCAGAGGCUAACUUUGUUUGUCAUGAUGUCUUCCAUUUACUUGUCUAUCAGGCAUCCAGUGCAUCUUGCCUAUAUUCCAUUGGUUUAUUUGAUAGUCAUGCUUUCUUUGUCUGGAGUGAGAAAGUUAGGAUUGAAGAAUUUGAGGGGCAAUGUUCACUUCAGGAGGAAGAAAGUACAAAGGAAGGAAGAUGACCUUGUGAAUUUAGAACUAAAACUUGCCACCAUGAAGCAAGCUCGUGAGGACCUUAACGAAUACAUCAAUAUCUCAAUUCAAAUUCAAAUGCUUGAAGAAAAACUUUGUGAAUAUCUUGACAUAUUUUACAGGAUUUACAGAUGGGAAAAUGCCACUGUUUCAAAGAUAUGUCUUCUGGCUCUUUUUUUGCUGCUGUGCAGUUUAUUCUUUCUUCCUGGAAGAUAUCUUGUGACUGUUGGAGUUAUAGUUGUAUUUCUGGGCAACUCAGGCUUUGAGAAAGGUAGUCCUCACAAAAUGACCUGAAACUAAACUUCAGUGGGCUGUAUAGUUUUCCAUGUUGGAUCUUGGCUCCAAUUACUGGAAAGUGGCAAUGGACGUGAAUACCCAGAAAAAGGCAGUAUUUAUAACUCAGAGCAACUGGUAUGAAUGGAACAUGAAGUCAUUUGGCUGCUGCGAUGUGCCAGGUACAUUUGGAAGAUUGAAGGAACUUGUCUUGAAGAGUCGAUAUUGGAAAAUCUGCUCGAUACCUUGAUUUUGUGAUUGUUAUGGGGCACCCCUUUGAAGAAGAGUUACACCAACAUGUUUGAGCAACGCCUGUGCAGGACUUAAGCUUAAGCCAAAGACAUGUUUUCUGCUCCAGCAAAGGAGAGGGCAUCACUGGAGACCCUGGAAAGGUAGAACCAUUCUGCACAUGGCCCCUUAUUAACAUUGAUUCGUCCCUAACCUCUCAACUGUAGCUCAACAACUGUACAAGCAAACAGAUGCAAAGACAGAAUUUGUUUUGACAGGCUAAUGUCAGCUCCACAGUCUGAAAGGGAUAUAACAUCUCAUGGAUUCCUGGCCAGUCUGACCAGAGAGACAAAGUUUAUGCUAGAAUUGAUGCCAUGUCACAGCUUAGGGACAGGGUGGGAAAACCUCUUGUAUUUGCAAGUCAAACAUUGGUUAAAUCUGAAUGGAACUACUGUGUGACCCACAGUAAGCUUUUGGUAGAAUGGUAGAAUGCUGAUGCACUUUCCUGUCAACCCUGUGAUAUCUCUUGUAAGUGGUGUAAGGGUCGCAAAUCUUAGAAACAAGUGCCCAUUCCUAACCAUGACAAGAAGCAACCUAUGAACUGUGAAGGUCCUGUUGGAGAUCAUUGUACCAUGGUCCAGUUAGAGCCGACAUGGACUUUCACCUUUUUGAGGGAAGAGCAGGAAACAGAUUCUGAUCUCAAGGUGAUAACUGUAUGGAAAGAAGCCAGUGAAAUAAAUCCAUUGUGGGAAGAUGUGUUGCCUCAGAGUCAUGCUGGAAAGACCUUGUGAUAAUAGGAGCCCGCUGCUCUUCAGAAAAGGUGCACUUUGUCCCAAAUUGGAAAGAGACAGGAGAUUAGAUGAUUGAUGAAAUGGCUCUUUGUAAUGGUCUCCCUUAGACUGCCUUAGUUUGAAGUUCAUCAUAUGCACAUGACUACUGUUCAUACCUCCUAAAGUAAGGACAAAGAAAACCCUGGGGGAUAGAUCGUUUAGCUGUGUAGUGCCCAGACUUUAGAAUUUACUUCCAACUACUAUUCUGUGUAUCUCCAGUUUAAAUAUUUUUAAAAGUAGACUUUGAACAUUGUUAUUUAAUAAGGCAUUUAAUUAGCUGGUGUGGUUUCUAAUUUAUUCUAUUAUUUAACCAAAUUAUGGAAUUGUAAAUUGUAAGUCUUAUUUUAUGUAUUAAUUCUAAUAUCUUAUGUAAGGUGCAGUUGAAUAUUUUUUAUAGAAAGUGCCUGAUAUAAAUGUUCCACAACUGAGUGCCGCUGUACAAAAAACUUCUCUUAACAUAAUCAGUUUGAGGUUGUGGAAGAACUAAUUUGUUUUCAAUAUUCCUUAAACGAUAAGCACUUACAUUGUCACGAUGUACGAAUCUUGAUCUCAGAUAAUCAGGUGUCUUACCAUGUAAUGUUUUAUAUACUGGGAUAGACUUCUGUUCCAAUCUUUGAUGGUAGAGUCUUCGCCACUCCAGUGCCCGGAACAAAUCAUCCAAAUUACUAUCAUAGCUCGCAGACAUCAUGGUGCGAGCUGCAUGAUUUUGAAGCCUUUGGAGUAUUUCAGAAAGGCCCUUGUUACAGUUUCCCCACACUACAUUGCAAUAAUCAAAAUGUGGUUGAAAAAGGCUAUUACAAACUUUAAUUGAAAUAAUAAAUGGAGUGAGAUGCUGAAUUUGUUUGGUCGCCAGUUGGCAUGUCUGUGGAUCAAAGAAAACAUGGGGAAA